UCAAAUGCAUCCCCUGGAACUUACAGUCUACAAGACAUCAAUCGUAGCAUGCGCCGUUCCUUUGCAUGCCUGAACCCAAAAUCCCACCACUUUCCAUUUCAAUCCAAACUCUUCUUCUCUACAGCUCCUCCUUCUGUAACCCUAACUCUCCUUCGCCAAUGCAAGACUGUUCUUCAAGCAAAACUCGUUCACCAGCAAAUCCUCACCCGAGGCCUUACUCACCACUUCACCACCCACCUCGUCGCCUCCUACCUCUCCUUACACUCCCCUCACCUCGCCCUCUCGCUUCUCCAACAACUUCCUCCUUCUCCUCCCGAUGUCUUCUGGUGGAACGUCCUUAUCCGCGAUUCCAUUCGCCUCGGGUUCCUCCAUCAGGUUCUUCGCAUCUUCUCUCAAAUGCGGAAACUUGCCUGGCGCCCUGACCAUUAUACUUUCCCCUUCGUUCUUAAGGCCUGUGGUGAGCUCUCCUCGUUUCGUCGAGGUGCGUCGCUUCACGCUCUUGUUUGUUCUGGUGGCUUCGAUUCUAACGUCUUCGUUUGCAAUGCACUUGUGGCUAUGUAUGGCCGGUGCGGGACACUGGAUGAUGCCCGCCAGGUGUUUGAUGAAAUGCUUGAGAGUAGAGUUUGGGAUGUUAUUUCGUGGAAUUCAGUCAUGGCUGCGUAUGCGCAGAACGGAGAUGCUGAAAGUACGAUAAUAAUGUUUGAUAGAAUGAUUAAUGAGUUUGGUAGUAGCCCCGAUGCUGUUGGUGUAGUUAAUGCGCUUCCUGCGUGUGCAUCUAUGGGCGCCUGGAUGUGGGGGAAACAGGUGCAUGGUUUCGCAGUUAGGAGUGGGUUGUUUGAGGAUAAAGUGGAUAACUUUGAUAUGACCAGUGAUCUUGAAUGGACAGAAAAGAUUUCUGAAUGUCCUGUGUACCGUCCAUCAGUAGAGGAGUUUCAUGAUCCCUUAACUUUUCUACAAAAAAUUGCACGCCAAGCCUCCAAAUAUGGAAUCUGCAAGAUUGUAUCUCCAUUGAAGGCUUCUGUUUCAGCCUCGGAUGUAUUAAUGAAGGAGAGAAGAGGUUUCAAGUUCAAGACUUAUGUGCAGCGUCUUCCGCUGGUUGAAGGACAUAAGAUACCCUUCUCCAAAGGAGAAAAUAACUAUACGUACCAAAGUUUUGAGAGUAUGGCAAACAAGGCUUUUAUUCAAAGAUUUCCCAGUCUUAGAUGCCUUUCUCCAGCAACUUUGGAGAAGAAAUUUUGGCAUGAAAUGGCUCAUGGAAGAAAAGAAACAGUGGAGUAUGGUGUGAAUAUAGAAGGCAGUGGCUUUUCAUCUGAUCCCAAUGAUCAACUGGGAAACAGUAAAUGGAACUUGAAGUCUUUGUCACAUUUACCCAAUUCAACAUUUCGGUUGCUCCAGUAUCAAAUACCGGGUAUAACUGAUCCCAUGCUUUACAUUGGAAUGCUGUUCAGUAUAUUUGCAUGGCACGUCGAAGAUCACUAUUUAUAUAGCAUCAACUACCAUCAUUCAGGUGCAGCCAAAAUUUGGUAUGGUGUUCCUGGUGAGACAGCUUUUGAUUUUGAAAAAGUAGUUCAGGAACACGUCUCUGCAUCGAGUAAAAAAGUGGAUGGAGUUUCGGAAUCACUUGCAGAAAAAACAACAAUGUUUCCCCCAAGAAUCUUGCUCGAACAUAACAUAACUGUCUAUAGGACUGUGCAGAUGCCAGGCGAGUUUGUGAUCACAUUUCCGAAAGCUUACCAUGCAGGAUUUAGUCUCGGUUUCAAUUGUGGGGAAGCAGUAAAUCUUGCAAUUGGUGACUGGUUUCCAUGGGGCGCAAUUGCCCGCGAAAACUAUGCACUUGUUGGCAAGAUGGUGAUUUUUCCAUUUGAAGAACUUAUAUGUAAAGAAGCAAUCCUUCUUUUCAAAUCUUGGAGGAAUGAAAGUUCAGAAGCAGAACAUUUUUCAGAAUGCCCAAUUAAAGUUUCAUUUUUGCAUUACAUAUGCUCAUUUAACAAAGCUCUUCGGAAGUUAAAUGAUUUGGGUGCUUUGUUUAGUUAUUCAUCGGUUUCCCAAGGAACAAUUCACUGUUCCUUCUGCAAACGAGACUGUUACUUGGGAUUCCUCGAGUGCAACUGCUGCUAUCUUCACUCGUGCCUUUUUCACGGUUUCAACUCCCUUCCCUUUUUCUUUGUGUAUUGGUCUAGUUAA